AUGGAGGGAAAGAAGUUUGGAGCGCAGUCUACCGCUCGUGCGCCACUGCCACUGCCACAGCCGCCAUCAGCACCGCCGCCAGAAUACGUAACGUUUCGCAUUCUCUGCAACGUGUCUCAGGCCGGGCAUGUGAUCGGGAAACAUGGAGGAAUGGUUAAGAAGCUUCAUAAAUCAACAGAAUCCAGUAUCUGGGUCGAGAAGACUCCUCUUGAUGAUUCUCCGUACCGUAUCAUCAAGAUUUUCGGUCAUGUAGGUUCAGUGUCUAGGGUGAAAUUAGGUGUUAUUGUUAAUAACGUUAGCAACAGGGAGAAGAAGGAGCAAGAACAAGAAGUUGAAGUCUCCAGAGCACAAUACGCGUUGAUUAGGGUUUUCGAAGCUCUAAAUUUCGGAGAUUGCACUAGUAGUACCGUCUCCUGUAAUCUGUUGAUGGAAGGGAGCCAUGUGGUUACUGUGAUAGGUAAGAAUGGUGAAUUGAUGCAGAGGAUAUUGGAAGAAACUGGUUGUAAUGUUCAACUACGUUCACAUGAUUUGUCAAUUUGCACAAACCCUGGUGACGUAGUGCUCAAGAUCGAAGGAAAUAGACUUUCUGCAGUGAUGAAGGCACUAGUAUCCAUAUCCAGUCGCUUGCAGGCUUGUCCGCCGAUUUCUACGGCGUCUUUGCAUGCUGAGGCGGUUCCUGAUGCUCUACGCAGGCCUAUGGAAUACAGGUCACAACAGUAUAGGGAAGUUGAUCCUCAUGGUUCCUUGCAUAGACAUGUUGAGAUCAGUCAAGAAGAUGCUCUGGUUAGGCCUUUUUUUAGAACAAUCACUCAGCCAAGGAUAGAUUAUCUUCCGCACCCAAGUUAUGAUCACAGACUCAUUACCUCUGCUUCAAAGAAUCCCCCUGUCACCAUUAAGCAGCCACUCCAAGCAUCAAAGGAUGAUAUCCGACAAGUGGAUCUGAAGAUACUUUGUUCAAACGAAAGUGCUAGUGUAGUUAUCAAGACUCGAAGUGUGACAGAUGCUUCUAUAAGUGUGGGAGAUAGACAUCCUGACUGUGAUGAACGCUUAGUUACAAUUACAGCAUUUGAGAAAACCAAAGACAUAACCUCCGAAUCCCAGAGAGCUUUAGUUCUUGUUUUCUCUAACAUGUAUGAGAAUGCCACUGCAAAAGUCCUAGAUAGUGGCUUAACGUCAUCUAUCACUGCACGGCUUGUGGUCCGGUCAAAUCAGAUUAAUUGUUUGCUGGGAGAAGAGGGUCGUAUAAAAACUACAAUUCAGCAAAGAACUGGUGCUUUUAUAACUGUAUUGAACGUUGAGCAGAACCCAAAAUGUGUUUCAGAGAACAAUCAAGUUGUGCAGAUUUCAGGAGAGUUCCCAAAUGUGAGAGAAGCUAUAAACCAAGUUACCAGCAUGCUACGAGAGGAUCUUAUCAACCAAUCGUUCCAAAGGGGGUCUCAAUAUGCAGUUAACUAUUCAGAAGAUCCAUUUCCUGAAUUGUUCAGUCCUACUGCUGGAUAUACUCCAACUUUUGGUCGGUCUUCCACUAUGGAUCCUAAUGAUAUCUUCCAUUACUCUAGUCAAGCUUCAUCUAGGUUGUGGGAAUCACCGCCACCUGCUGCUCCAAGAAGUGUAAAUGAUGGAAGUGGAGGAUUAUUUUCUACAAGAGAUGACCUUGUACUUACAAGUGGACUCAAAACUGUGCGAUAUAGAGUUUCAGAAUACGAUGUGUGCUCUAUGUUUGGAUAUGGAAAGGAUGGUCACAAUCGUCUACUGAAGAGUCUGAGAGAGGUAAUAGUACACAUAUAUAUUCUGUUUACUUGAUGGACAAGAAAUAGGCCACC